UUUAACAUAUUUCCUUAAUCGCGUUAGACCCGCGUCAGCACUCUGCUAUAAAUUCCCUAACCUCUUCAUCCAUCCCAAACCCAGCAAACGCCACCUAUCCAAAACUGAAGUAGCCUUCCUAUCUGAUUCUGAUCAUCGUUGAUCGAAGCUCUCUCUUCACUCUUCUUCUCUAUUCUUUUUCUUUCCCAAUUUUCUCGUUGAUCAGCUUAUAACGCCGACCAAUAUGGCGGAGCAACAGCACAACAGCCAUGAGAGCGAGACCACCACCACCACCACCCAUGAGCAUGAUGUUUCAGUAGUUGAGACCAAGGAGCGUGGCAUGUUCGACUUCUUUGGUAAGAAAGAAGAAGAGAAGCCUCAAGAAGAGGUGAUCGUGACCGAGUUCGACAAGGUGAGCAUCUCUGAAUGCGAGGAGAAGAAGGAAGAUAAGAAAGAAGAAGAGGAGGGAGAGAAGAAGCCCAGUCUCUUCGAGAAGCUCCACCGAUCCCACAGCAGUUCUUCUAGCUCGUCUAGCGACGAGGAAGAAGAAGAAGGGGAGGGAGGAGAGAAGAAAAAGAAGAAGAAGGGGUUGAAGGAGAAGAUCAAGGAGAAGAUAUCGGGCGACAAGGAAGAAGAGAAGAAAGACGAGCACGAAGAAGACACAAACAUCCCGAUUGAGAGAUGUGACGACAUAGCCCAUGGAGAGGUAGAGGCCAAACCUGCAGAAGAGAAGAAGGGAUUCCUGGAGAAGAUCAAAGAGAAGCUACCAGGGCAGCACAAGAAGGUGGAAGAGUGUGCACCCACCCCUCCUGCCGAUUGUACCGGGGAAGCACAUGCACAGGAAAGCGAGACCAAAGAGAAGAAGGGAAUCUUGGAGAAGAUCAAAGAGAAGUUGCCCGGCUACCACAAGAAUGGAGAAGAGAAGGAAAAGGAGAAGGAGUGUGAAACCCAUUAGUUUUAAGACCGGAGGUUGUGUGUUCAGGAUGAUGAUCACGUUUUGCUUUUGGUUUUUCAUGUCUUGAUUGUUUCUGUCCUUGGUUUUGUGUCAUGUGCUUAUACAUAUGUAAGCUUUUUGUUGUUGGUUUUUUGAUGUUCUUUAUAUAUUGCAGUGGAGAGGGGAUACCGGACCCUCGUUUUAAUGUUUGUUAUUGGCGAGUUUAAAGUAAUAUUCUUGUUAAGGCAUUGAUAAUUGUCUUGAUUUUC